CUGCUGCUGCUGCUGCUGACACACGCUCACACAUACAGGAAGUGGAGGAGUUGUGUCUCAUCAGCCUCGAGCGCAGCUUCACCUACACGCAAGGGAACAUUUGGGCGCAUAAAGGGUCGCAGAUCUGGACGAGAAGUUAUGAAAUAUGUGCAGAAAGAUCUCCACUGAUUUCCCUCUGGAUCAAACAGAAACACACUGUAGGACAGCAUGUUAUUAUCAAGAGUCACCAGUCUGCUUCUACUGCUCACACUCAUCGCCUGCACUGUAUCAGGGGUUCAGAAGCUGACCGUCACCCCUGACAGAGGCACCACCAUCAGAAUCAGCAGCAGUCAGGUCAAAGGUUGCAAGGGGUGCAUCGUGGCAGGACGCUCGCGACAAUGUGAUCCACCCUUCGUGCUAACAGGCAGCACCAGUGUCUCAGUGGAGUUUGACUGCACCAGACCUCAAGAUGUAUUCAGCGUGGAAAUUGUGCAAAAUAUAGAGUGUACCACAAAGUCGUGCAACGGCCACAUCAUCCAGUCUGACGCCGGCUCGCUUCCUUUUCUGAAUUUUAACCGCAAGUUCACCUGGAACCUGAAGGCCUCUGCGCCGAAAGCACUCAAAAUAGACUUCAGCAACACGGGUAUGAGACAGAUUAAUCCAUCUGAGGGAUGUCCAGACAGACACAGCUACACCCUGCAGGCCCUCCAGACUACGGGGAAGGUGGCCGUGGGGAAAUACUGCAGAACGGGGCCUGACAGUAGCGCUCAGAUACUGAAUCAAGGCAGCUUUUCUCUGGACAUCCCGGCAGGGCAGAAGCUGGACAAUGGCCAGUUUCAGGUGUCUGUCGGGGAGGAAAUCAAGAUGUUGUGUAAAGUGGAUGUGAGCAAAAUGAAGGGCAUUUCUCUUCACUUGGAGAAGUUGAAAUCGGCGUCUGACUGCAAGAUGAGAAUAAACUCUGUGUUGAAGGAGAACGUCACAGUCACAUCGAAGACUGACCUGACUUUCCAGGACUGCCUUCCUGAAGAUGUAAAAGUCACCGCCACGAGAGCCAUAGAGUGUAGUCAACUCAACGGCUGCCCGAACUGCUCCCGUCUGUUGGUGCCCAUGCUGCCGACCUGCCUCCCCUUCCCUCUGAGAAGCAUGACCUGGACUUUCCGUAUUCCUAUGUCGGGCACCUUGGUGCUGAGCUCACCCACCGGGACCCUCAAGCAGUCCAUAAAUGGGCAGCAAUGCAACGACAGCAUCAUAUUCGAAGUGGCCGAAGAUGACGGCACAUCUGUCGGAACCUUCUGUCCUCAGGGAACCAUACAGAAGGUCCAAAUCCGCGCCAAUGUGUCCGUCACUGUGUCCGGCAUUAAGGGUAAAGCACUAAGGACGCCUGUCAAGUAUGUGCUGAAUGCCCUUUAUAAAGACGAGAUAUCAGAAAAAUACAUAUUCAAUGUAUCCCCAAAGGGAGACUCCCCUGUCUUCUUGGCAACUCCUGGUUGGCCAAAAGGAAUGAUGGCUUCCUCCACCGUCUCCUGGAUCGUCUCCGUUCCCCCGAAGAUGGAGGCUCGCCUGGUGUUUGACAACAUCAGCCAGCCUAAGUGCGAGGAGGGCCACACCGGCAUCAAGGUGCAGAGAGUCGGCUUCCUGGAGCUGGACUACAGCCGCAGGGAGGACAUGAAUGCAGAGAGCCACACCGUCUCUGGCAAAUUCUACCUCAACAUGUCCAACUGUAGUCCUGAGAGAGGAGACUUCAGGGUCUUCACCAAGAUCACCCUGCAGAAGAGCAAGAACGUUCUGCUGACCAUCAUCCUGAGUGUGGUGGCUGUUCUGUUGGUCAUUUUUGUCAUCGUGCUGAUAGUGGUCUGUGUGGUGAUUAGGAAGAAGAAGAAAAAGCUGAGUCAUCAAGUGUCCAUCUACAAUCCCAGCGGCACCGUCUUCCUGCCAGGACAAAACGGCUUCCCAAGAUCACGCGAGGACAGCGAGUCCCACGUGUACGCCUCCAUUGACGACGAGCUGGUCUACACGGACCUGCUGAGAAAGGGAGUGGAGAUGGGCAUCUACGAAGACUUUGAAAUGGACCGGACCUUCGCGAGGCACACUGACUCUCAGAAGCCGCUGGUCUCUGAAGACGCCGGUUCAGACGACACGCCAGUCGGGGUUUACCAGCAGUUUGAGGCUCCUCCGCUUCCCAUCAGGCCCCGGAGCCACGGCCAGCCCCUGGCGGACGAUGUGAUUUGCAAGACCGAGGAGCAAAGCGAAGAGGAACGCUCUCCGAAUCUGGGGCCGCGGCAGGAGCCGGAGGGAGGGAACUGAGGAGAAGAUUGGAUUCAGCUUUCUGCUUUUCUCUUGACCUACUUGAACUUUGAGAUAUUCAUUCCCUGACAUCUUUGUGAUUACCUGCUUCGCAAGAAACCUUUGUUUUUUUCCUCUGGAGUUUAGUUUUGCACCAAAGCCAGGCACGAAAUAACCCUGAUGAAACCCGCCUGCAGCUGUUACCUUGUUUUCUCUCAGAUGAAGGCAGUACAUCAUCAUCUUCUUUAUAUCAGUUUUGCCAAAAGAUCUUUUGUUACUUUCAGGCAAUGACUAUUUUUCAUUUGAGAUAUUUUGUACAUAUGAUUGUUUAUACAGGAGCAAGCGCGUGCGCUGUUUACAUCUCAUUUUUAUCAUUAAACCGCCGAAUAGAGACGACUCUCCGCUGCUGUUGUAAUACGCUGCACUUUAAUGGCAUCAUCACAACAUGAUGGCCUGUAUUGCAGGAGAUUGCAACAGCGGCGUAUGUGCACGGAGUUAGUAUCUUUCUAUUGUUUAUCACUGCUUUUGCACCUGCUAUGGAGACUUCACUAUCAUUACACCUUACAGAGAGGGCAGUUCACUCCUGCUAACACAGUUUAGGAUCUUAGAGGUGUUUUCAGCCAAUUGAGUGCUUUUGUUCUUUUUGGACCCGUUCUUUUGGGAAUAUCAAGACUGAUCUGCUGCUAGCUGUGAUCUGUUUCUCUGGUCAGACAGGGACUUUUUUUGUUUUCUACUUGUGUAUCAUGAUGAAUGAGAAUCACUAGUCAGAGACCAUAUUUUACUAUUUGUUUGGAAGACCACAGACCCCUUCUUAUACAAAACUAAAAUCCUUAAACACUUCGUUUCAGUCUGUGAGCAAAAGGUUACAUCUCACCGUGUCAUUAAUAACAGGUUGCUUUUAAUAGAGAGAUUGUGUGAGGCCUAUAAUUUAACUUAAGUGUGAUGAGUGCUCAUGUGUUGUUGUGAUGACCGACUCAGAUGUUCAGUGUGGAACAACAAACCGAUUCAAAAGUUACAAACCAAGUCCUAACGAAGUCACAGUCAAGUACAGGUUUUUGUAAAAUGCAACAGUUUUUACAUUAACUGUGAUAGAAAACAAUAGCACAGAAUAUUUAAAUCUUUAUUUAGGGUAUUUAUUUCGAUAUUAGGCUGACCAAGAAGAUGUCAGAAUAAUAACUGGUCACAUUUGAGGAAAAAUGGGAUUCAAGUUUUACAAUCAAACAGGUGAAAAAGACUGAAUACAUUGUGUGUUGUUGUGUGUCUUGUAAAGCCACAUCGCCUCCUGCAGUUCAGAAAACGAACUGCAGAGGGAAACAAAGCUCAAAGUUACCAUAAAUCCAUUCUCAUUCCUGAGGAAAUAAAGUGUCCGCUGUAAAACAAUGAA